CGACUUCGGAAUUAACACACCCAAUCAUCCGUAUUGUAGUUGCACAGUAGCUCGGCCAGGUCGGGAUUUCCCAGCUACACUGUCACAGUUUCCCAUCAGCAGUGCUAAUAAUAAUAAUAAUCAGAAAGCUUCGCUAAUUAUUAUUUACAAUGGCGCGCAAGCGUCUCGUGCUCGUCACAGGCAUCAACGGUUACAUCGCCGCACACACGGCAGCAGCCCUUUUCAAGGACGGAUACGCUGUUCGGGGCACUGUGCGUGCGAGGACGGCGAACGUCGAGAACCUUGUCCGCAAGCUCAAUGAGUACCACGAUGGAGACAGACUGGAGCUGGUGGAAAUUCCCGACAUCAGCGCCGAUGGAGCUUUUGACCGCGCCGUGGAUGGCGUCCAAGCGAUAGCUCACAUCGCGAGCCCUGUAUCCACGACCGAGACAGACCCGGCACCCAUGAUGCGGGCCGCUGUCCAGGGAACCACCUCCCUUUUGUCCUCGGCCCUUGUCGAGGCUAGGAAGAGAUCUGGGAAAGACGCGCUUAAGUCGGUGGUGUUCAUGUCUAGCAUGAGUGCCGUAUUCUCCCCGAACAGGCCAGCAGGACACGUCUUUACCGAAAGCGACUGGAAUGACGUCGCUGAGGAGGAACUCCGCAGGCUGGGAACAAGCGCGCCCGGGUACACCUUUCACCAGGCGAGCAAGACGGCUGCUGAGAGAGCGUUCUGGAAAUAUGGGAAGGAGACCGGGGUCGAGUUCGCUAUGACGAGCCUAUGCCCUGCGCCGGUGUUUGGGCCGCCGCUGUACCUCCCCGAACCUAUCUCGAGUCUUAGCAUUCGAAUCAAAGAAGUUUACGACAUCUUCGAGGGGGGCCCCAUACCCGAGUUUUCCCCCAUCCGAAGCACCUUCAUCGACGUGCGCGACGUGGCCGAGCUGGUCCUCAGGGUCUUUGAGCAGCACGGCGAGCAGCCGGGUGCUCGUAACCGGUAUGUGCUAACUGCACAGCCACCGAUAUCUCCCCAGCAAAUCGCCGACGUACUGCGGGAGAGCUUUCCGGAGAGGCGAGAGAAGAUCGGGGAAGGGAAUCCUGGGGAGAGGUAUCCCCGUAUGACCUGGAAAUUUGACUCGAGCAAGGCGGCAUCACUGCUUGGUAGGGAAUGGAUUGGAUUUCGCCAGAGUGUGGUCGAUAGUGCAAAGGCUUUCCUCGGCGCAAAAUCUGUUUGAGAAAACCUUAUCAAACUUGGCCGGGGGGAACGAUCUCCGCUAGUUGGGUUGAUGAACCCAGAGUUCCCACGUCCCAGGGAAAUGGAAGAUAGAGAUGGAAGAGUGCGACAACAUGCAAUGCAAAGGGGCUGCACAAGACUCUCAGCAGGUUGGCGGCCACUGUGGCAGGAUAGUCGACAUUGACCUGUUCUUUGACCGAGGUUUUGCCUCUGCUUCGGCUCAACCUAACCUUAG